AUUGACGUUAAUACUUUUUCGUUUCAUUUCCGACAUUUUGAAGAACAAAAAAGAAUCAGACCAGGAAAUGCAAAGUUGAGAGUUUAGCGUUGAUGAGGGAGGCAGUUUUUCUGUGUGCUCUAGGAGAAAAGAAAACUCUUUUUUCGGGUUCGACCCGAGCCAACUCUCCUUGAAUUAUAAAUAGAGCGGACCUACUUCUUGUGGUCUCCCCUCUCUUUCUUCCUUUUAACUUUUUGGUCCAAAGUUCUUUUCUUUUCUCAUCACCUUUCCGUCUCUUAAUGAGCUUUUGCUGCCCUUUAUUCUUCUUCUUCGUGUGUCGUCAAAGAAUGGGCACUUGUCCCGCUUACUAGAUCUGCGCCAUCGCAUUCCGUCACUGUGUAGUCAUCAUAUUCUAGAAAAACGUCACCCAGAAAUAUCGAUAUUGACGUUACGCCAUUUUUGUUUUCAUUCAAGAAAAAUCGGUGCCCUGGCGGUCGAAAUCGACAACUUGCAGAAGACGAUUAAACAAACAAAAGAUUUUGGGGGGAAAAGGUGAACAACGUCGAAUAUUGGCUGAGUGUUGUUUGAUUGUCUCCAUUUGAAUUGAUACACAAACGAAUUGACAUACAAAAUGCGUGAGAGCGAAUUAGUAAGUGAGACACAUCGAAGUCACGCCCUUGAAUGGCGUUCAGACGACACGUGUCUGUUAUGUCUAAUUGAGAUUAUCCGAGCCGAUUCGAGUAGCAGGCUGAAAAUCCAUCGUCGUUUCGCCCUGGCCACUUUGAACCACAGACUCAACCCUGACGUCACUCGACCCUCGUUUCAGCAGCAAGAGAACAGCAGCUGCAGCAGCAAGAACCUGGCCAGGCUGUUGCAGAAAAAUCGCAAUGUUUCCUCACAAGUCCUCAACACGCUUUUGGACAGUUUAACUUCAGUGGACGUCGUCGAUUUGGCGAUUGAAGCCGUCUACCGACUUUAUCAUCACGUCUUACGCGACGAAACCGUCUUGGAUAACGUGCUGACGCACUGCGUUCAAAAGAUUGGUGAAGACCUGGACCAGCCGGAGAAAUGGGUGCCUUACCUCAGUGUCAUGCAGCGUCUUGCCCGUCUGAAUUCAUCGGCCGUGGCCCUGGCCAUCAGCCAAAACGCCAAACUGGAAAAUGAGAUGGUGGAACACUUGAGCGAUCACUUGAGCGAGUUUGUCGCGCUGCACGUCGUCGCUCUGCUGGAUCCAAUCGUCAGGAGCGGCGACGCUGAUGGAAUUCUUAUCCGACCCGGCAGACGCCCGAUCCUGAUGCUCCAGUUGGCCCGCCUUCUCCAAAACUCUCAAUGCCAACAGUUGGUCUGCUCCGCCCUGGGUUUCGCUCUGAUGCUUUGGAUCAAAGAGGAUUUGCAACAGCCGGAGCACAGCCGACAACCCGACGACAAUGGCCGCUCGAAAACUCAACAGCUGUUGUCAACCACGGCCAACGGUUUGAAACGAAUCAUCCUCCGCAGCCAGCCAGAGAUACAGGUGGCCGCUUUACAGGUGCUGGACGCCUUGCUGCUGAAAUGUCGCCAGCUGACGGACGGCCCUCAGAUGAUGUCGGUCUUGAUGGAGCAGCAAGAUUUGGCCGAAUUGAUGUACGACGUCCUUUACGCUAACCAUCUGCCGUUAUUGGAGUUCGCUUUGCGCUGUCUGCAUCACUUGUCCCGCUGUCCGCCCUUUUUCCAGCACCGAUGCGUCAUCCUGGGCGUGGAGCCGCUACUGCGAGUCAUUCCUCACCUGGCCGACAGCAACGCCAGCGCCUUGAGUGGCGGACUGAUCGUCGCCUACGCCGUCCACCUCCUCAGCGACAUGCUCUCCAAGUACGACGGAGAAGAGUCGCUGCUGCAGCGGUGCGUCUCGUCGACGGAUGAGUCGAAUGGUGGAUUCCACGUGGCCUGUCACAUCGCCAACAUGGCACUCGAUUCGUGCGCUCUUCAUUUGGAAACGGGUGGCGUUUACCUGGUGGCAGCACUCCUGGACAGGAAAAAUCUGCCCGUGCCGAUUCCGCUGGAUCGUGUCUCUGAAUUGAUCCGAUCCUGCGUCAAAUCGCUGGCUCCUCCCGACAAAAAGUGGAAGAGCGAAACGGGCAGGAUCCAUCUUCAAGGAUUGAUUCGGAUGCUUUCUUCAGCUACCGGAUUGAUUGUCUACUUGACGGACGACCCUCGCGCUCGUUUGAGCUCCUACGCGUCGGCCAACAGCGCCCAACUAGCGUCCUACCAGGAGUCGCUCGAUAAAUUGAUUGAUCUCAUUGUCGCUACGAUCGACGAGCUCAUUACUGCGUUCCAGCAAGUCGACAAAGAAUCUCUUUGGUCCGAUUUCUUUCUUGUGCUGGUCCAAUUAGCGACGGGCUCCGCCACUGGCGCCGGUUACGUCCAGGCGGCAUUGAAAGCCGGUUUCUUGCUGAGUCGAGUCUACGAUGCCCGCAGAGGAUCGAGCCCGGCGUCGGCUGAAAGGGACUCGGCGGAUGAGCUCCUGACUUGGUUUCUGGCUCGCUCGCUCGACGGAAAUCAGGAACAACCGUUCGCAUUGGCUCCUACCACCAGGAUCCGCCACCACCACUACGCCACCCUCCGCGGUUUGGUCCGCUCCAUUCCAUCCGCCCUGGCGGAAUGGUCCGACUGGAUCACCAACGAUAAGAGGUCGCCGUUUGGAGCCAAGUGCUCCGCCCUCGUCUUGCUCUAUCAGCUGGAAUUAUGCGAGACAUCAAAGGAAGCUCCGUUCGCCGGUGAUCACUCGGAGGCCCUCCUGACGGCCGUUGGUGAUUUGAUGCUGACUCAUUCCCCUUGCGACAUGGACGAUCCCGAUCUUCUCCGCUCCGUCUGGUUCCUCAUUGCCAGGUACAGUGAUGGAUUCCACGAAGCCUCGAAAGCUUUUGUCCAUCUGGUGAAAUGGUUCCAGCCCAAUGGCUCGCUUCUGCUGCCGUGGCUCCGUCGCAUUUACACGCCCCAUCUGUCUCUAAUGCGAUGGGCCUUUGCACUCAAGGAUAUCGCCUCCUACUUGGGAUCUUACAUGAUCCUUCUGUGGAUCGAUGAAGAUGAUGUCGAUGGUAAAAAGGCCACAACUCUGGUCAACUUGUGUCUGGAAAGAUCCGACGAUGUUUUGCUCCUGAGCGUUUUCGAUUUGGCUUUCCACGAAGAUGCCGGCGUCAGCUGUUGUGUGGCUUCCAUUUUGGAGCGAGUGGCCGCCGGAAGCGAGUCGAUGAGAGUGGCCAUUGGCCGGAUGAUCAAGUACAACAUUCCGCGAUUCCUCCGUCUGACAGACGUCACUGAUGACAAUUACUCUCGAUUGAUAGGAUCUUUACGUCUGCUCUGUCGCCUGUCGUCAUCAAGUCGUCAACGCUCCGGGCUACCGGUGGCGGAUGCUGUCAUCUCGGACGAUUCGAUUUCUGCUUGGAGGGAUCCCGCCAUCGUCGCCGCCCUCGUCUCGUUCCUGCCCCGCACCAUUCGCUUUGGCCAGCACCAGGUGAAAUUGGGCGCGAUGGAUCUCUGGUCUUGGAGUUGCCGCUACUUGGAGUCGGUGCUGCUCUUGUCUGUAACCGAAACGACUCCAUCCCCUUCAUCUCGUGUGCUCUGUCAAAUUGUGAUGGAAAAUCGAAGUUUCAUCGAAUUUGUCGACGAGAUUUAUGGACGGGAUGAGCUUCCAGUCUGGCGAAACGUGGCCCAAUUGGUGGCGGCCAUGGCCGCUUUCCAUCAUCUCCACCGACUAAAGGUCAUUUCGCCCGUUCGUGUUUCCAUGGCCCGUCUCAGCAGAAAGCUGACGGCUGGAUUAGUCGGGAUGGACGGCGAAGCUGCCGAGUCGCUGGAUGUUAUCCUUCAGCUGCUCGACUGGCUAUUACGCGAUGCUACUCCCGACGACGACGACGAUCCGGUCACUCCCACGACUACCAACCGACGUCUACUUAUCGAUCCUUCACUGGAAGAUGACGACAGAGACCCAGUGAACCAGCAGCCACACCACCGUUAUUGCAGCCAGGAGAGGAAUGGUUUGCUGGAACACUUGUGGUCCACGUUGGUCAACUGGACGAUGCGCAGUGCCGAUGGGUCGACGACCAAGAACCGAAUUUUCGCCUGUCUCUCGCAACUGAUGCGCUCCUGUCAGCGAUCACUUCCGCCCGCCCAGUUCGCCUUGCUGGCCGCCCAGCCCUGGAAUUACAUGGUCGUGGUCGACGCCGUCCGCUCUCCGUCGUCGUCCAGCGUGGAAGCCGUCCAGUUGGCCACGGCAUUGAUCCGCCACUCGAAGCAGACACUCAAAUCUUGCGGAGCUCACCCAUGGUCUACCCAACUGGAAGAGACACUGAGUCGACAUCCGCCUUCACAGUAACAGUAAAGAAAAACAAAACUUUUCUUUGAGAGUUUCAAAGAAGAUUAAGAGUGUCGUCAUUGUCACGUUUCAUCACUUGUUUCAUUGCUCAUUCCGCCAGUGUUUCCUCGGGAUUUUUAUUCUUUUCUUUUGUAGCGCUGGAAAAUAUAUAUUAUACACACACA